AUGUUUGGAACGUGGAGACGAGGGAGCACGCCACUUCCGACGUAUCGUCACCUGAUCAAGCUGCACAAGGCCGGCAAGGUGUCCUUCAAGCAUGUGGUCACCUUCAACAUGGAUGAAUACUGUGGCCUCCCACGCGACCACCCCGAGUCUUACCACAGCUUCAUGUGGGAGAACUUGUUCAAGCACAUUGACAUUGUGCCAGAGAACGUCCACAUCUUGGAUGGAAACGCGCCCGACUUGGAGAAGGAGUGCGCCGAGUAUGAGAAGAAGAUUGAGGCUGUGGGUGGCAUCGAACUUUUCCUUGCAGGUAUUGGCCCGGAUGGUCACAUCGCCUUCAACGAGCCGGGCUCCUCGCUGACAUCUCGCACUCGCAUCAAGACGCUUGCGUAUGACACCAUCCUCGCAAACGCGCGUUUCUUUGGAGAUGACAUUGACAAAGUGCCACACAUGGCCCUCACCGUCGGUGUUGGUACUGUAAUGGACGCCCGCGAAGUCGUUCUGCUGGUCACCGGCGCUCACAAGUCGUACGCCCUGCACAAGGCGAUUGAGGACGGCAUCAACCACAUGUGGACAUGCUCCUGUCUGCAGAACCAUCCACGCGCUCUCAUUGUCUGCGACGAGGACGCCACACUGGAGCUCAAGGUGAAGACCGUCAAGUACUUCAAGGGCUUGAUGAAGGUGAUGGUUGAGCGCGAAUGCGGCGGUGAUCUGGACGACACCACCGUCAUCGCACCAUCAUCUCAAAGCAAGACAGCAGCAACUUCGUGACACCCUCGUCACACACACACACACACACACACACACACACACACACACACACACACACACACACACACACACACAUUGUGCAUCAAGUGUCAUUGCUUUUCAGUUUCAGUGUCUCUGUUCUCAAUGCGCCACUGUCACGGUUUCUUGCUGGUUACAAAGACACGUGCGCUAACAUGACACAUGAUCACGCAUUACACAAACUGGGCAAAGUGCGUGAUGCCAAAGGUGGUGGAGAUCAAAGCAAG